UUUUGGGCAGGGGAGAAGCUGGCAGGUGGCUGUCGCCCGACCCUCCUCCCGGGCUCCCCUCGCCCAGGCUUUCUCUCUCUUUCGCUUUUUAUAGACCGGCCGAGACCGCCCCCCCCGGGGGUCCCUCCGGAAGCCUUCACCUGUUCUGUCAGGAGUUGGGCUUAAAUGGGCAGCCUGUAGGCCAGGGAAGAGUCCCCCAGGGAGGAAGUAGCUCUAACUCUAUUUCUGGCUGUUCCGCUGCCUUUUUCCUUUGCCUUUCACACGGCGAAAUCGCUCCUUCGCUAUUCUGGUCCCCAACCCUCUCCCUGCCUCCGCCACUUUUCUUUCACUGACAUCCCUUUAGCAUAAGCUUAAAUCGGCUCAGAAGGACAAGGUCCGCCAGUUUAUGGCAGUUACCCAGGCUGGUGAAAGGACUGCUAUAUACUGCUUAAUGCAGAAUGAGUGGAAACUAGAAGUGGCAACAGACAACUACUUCCAGAAUCCAGACUUGUACUACAAAGAAUCCAUGAAAAUUUCAAUAGACAGAAAGAAAUUAGAACAAUUGUAUAACAGGUACAAAGACCCACAGGAUGACAAUAAAAUUGGGAUUGAUGGAAUUCAGCAAUUUUGUGAUGAUUUAAGUCUGGACCCUGCUAGUAUCAGUGUUUUGGUCAUAGCAUGGAAAUUCCGGGCAGCGACUCAGUGUGAGUUCAGUAAGAAAGAAUUUGUAGAUGGCAUGACAGAGCUCGGGUGUGAUACGACAGACAAGCUAAAAACUCUUUUACCAAGACUGGAACAAGAAUUAAAGGAUCCAAUGAAGUUUAAAGAUUUUUAUCAGUUUACUUUUAACUUUGCUAAAAACCCUGGGCAAAAAGGUUUAGAUCUAGAAAUGGCAAUUGCAUAUUGGAAUUUAGUGUUAUCAGGAAGAUUUAAAUUUUUAGAUCUUUGGAAUAAAUUUUUAUUGGAGCAUCAUAAAAGAUCAAUCCCUAAGGAUACUUGGAAUCUUCUUUUAGACUUUGGAAAUAUGAUUGCAGAUGAUAUGUCAAACUAUGAUGAAGAAGGAGCGUGGCCAGUCCUAAUAGAUGAUUUUGUGGAAUAUGCACGACCGGUAGUUACAGGAGGAAAACGUAAAGCUUCCUAACCAUGACUUCUCAGUGGACUAAUUUUGCAGUCUGAACUGCAUCGGGUAAUGAAGACUUUUUGGCCAAUAACUGUGCACAUUGUCACCGAUUUCAAAAGCUGAGGUGGGAUGCCACUGACAAAACAGAAAUCACUACUUCUGCUACAAGAAAAUGAUGGCUGACUCAUGGACACUGCAAGAAGAAAUUCAGAAGAUAGCCCAGGCUAUCUGUAGGAUACUGGCUUCAAUUACUGUACUGGUUGUAUUAUAUAGGAUGUAGAUUUUGCAUGAUUUUAUACUUUGGAAAAGUUUAACUAGAGGCCAUUUUAGUAAAAUUUUGACAGCACAGCAUGCCAUUCAGUUCAUAAUACAGGGUGAACACCAGCAGUUACAUAAAUACAACUGUAUUAUAUUGUACUUAUAUUAAAAGCAGUAUUUGUGAUAUAUAAAUUAAAUCCCUAAAUAAAAUGCGUGGUACAUAGUAUUUUUCUACGUAUCUAAAAGAUGUUGAGAAAAUACAAUUCAGCGUUUAUUGAUUUAUUUUCUUGAUGCCAGGAUUCUGUGUUUUCAUUACAGCCUCCAUUUUUAAAGAAAACUUGUUUUUCUCAUUCCAACACCGAAUGAAGUUUGUACUCCUCAUACACUCAAUUUAAUGGAUUUUUUGUGGAAAGCAAUUUCCAUUACACUCAGAUGCUUCUCUCUCUUUUUUUCUUCCCUUCUUAGAGGUCAAUUACAGUGGAAAAACACUUUUUCAAAGAAGUUGCUUUUGAUGAUCAUUCUUGUUGCCAAUUUUAGGGACUGUCAGGAAGUCCUGCUUCUCUAACUGCUCUCAGCAAGGAAGCGUUGUUUGGGGCUACAAGCCAGAGUGCCCUGCUCUGCCCUCUGCUGCCCCAGUGCUUAUCAUAAUAGCCCACAGAGUCAGCUUCCCGGCACCUUCUGUCCCUCAGCCACUGCCCGCUCGGUCCAUCUUCCUAGCAGCUUCCCAGCCUGCCACAACUCAGCUACUCAAGGUUCCCCAGCAUGCUGCCUAUCCAGUCUUCUCAGCACUUUCCUUCCUUCCCUUCUUCUCUUACUCAGUGAGUAAAAGGGAUGUAAGAGGGACUCAGGGAUGUCUCUUACUCAGACCUGAAGCUUGUGCAGAAGCAUACCCACUUUCUUAGGGGAAACAUGCACUACUGUUCAGACAGCUUCCCCAAACAACAGACAAGGUGGUUAUUUUGGGAUGCUGGCUGGAUUAUAAUAUUGUUAUAUCCAAAAUUCACUAGGCAGCUCCAUUAAAGGGUGACUGUAGCAAAAUGGCUUUAAGUGUCGGUAAUUCUGGCAUGUAUUUAGUAAUAAAGAAGCCUUGAUAUUUUAAAUAGACCAAGUGAAUUGCAGGCAUGUUUUAGCUCAAGUUAAAUGCUGCUGCUAUCACUGUCCGCUUAAUUUUCCAACUGAAUUCAAAGCUGCUUAAUAGUACUCAGUAGAAAUAAGUGUGCAAAACAGUAUCUCGUUCAUGCUUUAUGUUAAAGCAUUCUCAGGAUGGUGAGUGACUUCUAAAGGACUAGUCAGGAAGGAAUAGUGUGCUUCCUGCCAGUGGCUAUUGAGUCAUGGUUGGAUCCUGACCCAAAAUGAGUUGCAUCAGUGGCAAUACUAUUGCUUUCUUUUUGUCUGGCUUUAAACAAAACAAUAAAAGGAAUGGCAGACAUAAAAAAUGGCUGUUGUGCCUCCUGUAUAGCAUAGGUGAUUAAAACAGGCAUAUUUUUGAUCCUGCAUGCUUUCUUAAAUUCUGUCUUCCACAUGAUUGUUAAAACUUUAAUAACUCUGCUCUUCAUUGUGUAACUGGUCAUUCUGAAAACAGACACAGAGAAUAUGUAUGCUAAAUUCAAAGUGGUGGAAUUCCGCAUGAAUUAAGGAACUUCAGCAUGGUACAGAAUAAACUGCAACUCAAAAGUGGCCACUUUAAUUUUUACAUCAAGGGUUGGGAAAAUUAGCUACAGAAAUGGUGAGAAAUGGGUGUUCUCUCAUUCCACCACUAGAUGCCAGUAACUCAGUUCUUGUUUUUCAUUUUCUUGCCCUCAGAAAAGUCUAGUAAUACUGAAGAAUGUUGAACUGCUUUGUUGCAUCCUCAAAUGCAAUAGUAUGCCUCACUGAAUUUCUUUAGAUGAGUUCAAGAAAAAGAAAGCAUUGCAAAGGUUUGGCUUUGAAAUUCAUUAAACAUGAGUGAUAUUAAACAUACUUAAAAUUUAGUUGUUUUAAUGUUUUCUAAUAAUCACGUUUACAGAUUAUUCUUUUAAUUCAGGAGUUAAGGAAACAACCAUAUAUUCCAGACAAUACCAACUUUUAUUAGAGCUAAUCAAUUUUGUCUUGCAAAUUGCUAUUACUACAAUAUCAAACUGUUCACAUGGUUUCAAGAAAUGUAUACUUGUACACUUUUGUACAAUGAGCAAUAUUCUAAAAUGUAACUGCUUAAAAUGAAGAUAAACUAAAUAUUUUCACUUACCAUUGAUACAUUGAGAGGUUUCUAUGCUUGUAAGAAAUGAAAAACUGAGAUUGAGCAAAGGUGGCUGCUGAUGGUCCCCAGAUACAGCUUACAGAACUGAUGUGAAUUCAAUUGUUUGCCUUGUCGCAACAUAAAUAUGCGGUUUGUUGGAACUGUGAUUAUCUGAAGCAAAGUGCUUGUGUUCACUUAUUACCAACAGAGUAUGUUAAUUUAUACUUUAUAAGAUUUUAUUUAUACUCUUCAAUCAGUUCAUGUGUUUAAAUCAAAGUUAAUCAGAAUUGGAAGAUGGUAUCUACAACAUCAGUAGUAUGAAAUGUAAUACAUUGUCUUAACUUACCUGUUCUUCACAACAAUCCCAUGAAACGUCAAAAUUUCAGUUCGAUACAGGUUGAAAGACAAAAACUAUAGUCCAACAUAACAAGUCAUUUGGAAUUUGCUUAGCUCUUCAGGGCAAAUCCAGCAUGGUUCUGUAGUGCCAAUGGGAUUUAUCCAGUAGUUGCACAAUAGCUAUGUAACUUCAUAAUGCAGGGAUUGUAACAGCAAUGGAAAUAACUACCUGAUGAUGGGGUUGACUGUAAUACAGGUAGUCCUCGACUUACAACCAUUUGUUUAGUGACCGAAGUUAUGACAGUACUGAAAAAAGUGAU